UUCUCCCACUCGGCGUUCACCUUUGGCAUAGAAAGCCACAUCAGCCAGUCCAACAUCAACGGAGCCCUGGUUCCCCCUGCUGCCCUGAUCUCCAUCAUCCAGAAGGGCCUGCAGUACGUGGAGGCAGAGGUCAGCAUCAAUGAGGUCAGUACCCACAAUGCUAACUUUCCUAUUUACUGACUGUACCCCACGCUAACCGCUAACUUACAUUGACUGUGUAGCUGCCGUGCUAACCUUUGAACUCAAUACCUAAAUGUAAGACAGUAGAAGUUACCCCUUACCACAGAUUUAGGAUCACAUUACCCUCCAAUCCUAGGAAGCACAAUCCUAUGACAUCAUCAGGACUAUUGCCCUGAUAUACACUACUGGUCAAAAGUUUGGACAUACAUUGUAGAAUAAUAGUGAAGACAUCAAAACUAUGAAAUAACACAUAUGGAAUCAUGUAUUAACCCACAUUUAAAAAAACAAAUCAAUAUAUAUUUUAUAUUUGAGAUUCUUCAAAUAGCCCUCCUUUGCCUUGAUGACAGCUUUGCACACUCUGCACACUGUGAUAUGAUAUUUUGGCUAUAUCGCCAGCCCUAUGUUAGACAUCCGCUGAAAUAUUAAAAUGUAAAGAAUGGAACAUAACAUUUUAACUUUUGAGUAAAAUUCCCCUUUUUAAUGAAAAAAUAUCUGACCCUGUAUCACUGGUCAAUGGCAACUGUGUUGAAACCCCAAACAUAUGUCUCAGGGGUCGCGAUAAUGCAGGAUUCAGCUUUUUUCACACAGAAAAGCAAAGAAAAAAAUACAGAAAAAAUACUUGCUGCAUUUUGUAAACGAAGAUCUAAAAAUUAACCAAGCCAUGCAUCACACAGUCCCUUUCCCCUCUGUGUCUCACUCACUCAAUUGUGUUCUAACUGAUGGGAUACACAAGCUACAUUCCUUGCACAAAUUCAAAAUGGACUGGUUGACUGAAGUAGGGAAAUAUGUGUUCCAACAAUGAGCUGCAAUUUUGGAAUAACUGGGUAAUUUUCUGCUUAGGCUACUUUGCGGUUGUCAUUAUUUACCACAUCCACAAAGUAAAAAUAUUUUUAUCAGAAUCAUUAAGCCUACUCCCACGGGGGGCCAGUAUGAAAAAUGUAUGCACUCACUAACUGUAAGUCGCUCUGGAUAAGAGUGCUAAAUGACUAAAAUAUACUCACCAAACAGAUAUCUUGGCCUUAAUUCAUCCCCAUGCAGUGUUCAAUGUAGAAGUGUUAAUCCAUUUAGAACAUUCCAAGGAACAGGCAGAAUAAAGUAAAGCGAAUGUCUGUAUAUUGAAAAGAAGACAGGUUUUAGUUUGUAACCCUGAAAAAUGUGUCUUUCAACUUGCCAAUUAAGUCCUGUUUCAAAUGAUCACUCUUUGAAAAUAACUGUUCCAGUCGCGAGAUGCGAAUUACUUCGCACUAUUCUGUUCUAUUUUAUUCUGUUAUAUUACAUGUUUUUUUUAUUAUAAAAUAGGUGUCUUGACUGAUAAGGGCUCGGGAAGUAGUGUCUUGUCUGCUAAAUUAACAAAACAAGGAUAUGUCAUUACACAGACAUCGGCUUCUACAAGAAAGUGCCACACUGCUGAGGUUACUAACAUUUUGAAGAUUGUAUUCCACGAUAUAACCAGUUGAUAUUACAGGUUCAAUAAAUUAAUCUUAAAUGGCACUUGUUUUUUAUUGACUGGAUAUAUAAUGAGGCAAUUUAGCAAUUAGGAUUCGUUAUCUGUAAUGGUUAUGAUAAAUUAGGCAUUGUUGCACACUGUUGGCAUAUAAAUCAAUGCACACAUUUUUUCCCUUGUUCUACAAAUAGCUCUUUUUUUUUUGUACUUGAUAGAAAAUCAUGCGAGUACUUUAACAGUCAAAGGUCAAAUGGCCAUCCCUGUAUGAAACGCAGGUGAAAUCGAUUAAAACGCAGAUUUUUUGAUGGUCAGCAUUUUGAAAAUGCAGAUUUCUGAAAGCUAAAGCUGCGACCCCUGUAUCUUGUCACCCAGGAUGGCACUCUGUUUGACGGGCGGCCCAUUGAGUCGCUGUCUCUGAUCGACGCUGUGAUGCCUGAUGUGGUGCAGACACGGCAGCAGGCCUACCGGGAAAAGCUGGCCCAUCAGCAGCAGGCAGCCGGGGCUGGCAGCACCAGUGGCACCCAGGGCCCCCAGCCUGGCGGCGCUAAGAACGGAGAGGGGGGAACCGCUGCCAACGGCGAGGAGAAUGGCGCCCACGCCUUAGCCAGUGAGCAGAACCUUUCAUUAUGACACCUCUUUUAUUUUAGUUGAAUUUAAAAAUAUAUAUAUUUCGUAAUAGUUAACAUGAUAUCAUAACCAGGGUUGCGGUCAAUUCCAAUUUUAUUGGAAAUUCCAAUUCCAUUCUUGAAUUAAUUUAUGAAGUGAAUUCUAUUGAAUUCAAGUUAUGGGAUUGGAAUUGUGUUGGAAUUAGACUGUUUGAAUUGGAAUUGUAAAAACAAUUAAUCAGUUAAUGGAAUGAAUGCACUUAGUAUACAAAAUGGAUUGCAGGAUUUGUUUGAAAUGAUUUCAACUGAUUUGUAUAUUUGGAGUAUAGCGAAGCACGCUGAAUAUUGACAUGAUCGUCCUGAAAGCCUGAGGGAAUUGAAUUCAAAUCGGAAUUUUGGGAAUUCUUGGGGAUAAUAUUGAACUAGGAAUUGAAUUCUUGGAAUUUACCUAACAUUGGAAUUGAGAGGAAUUGAAUUGUCUGAAUUCAAAAACUGACCUGAAAUUUGAAUUGAAUUAAAUGGAAUUUACAAGUAGAGGGAAUUGAAUUAAGAUUGUAUUUAUGGAAUUAACCCCUGGUCAUAACAGUAAAAAUGAUUUACAAUACAUAGACCUACAUAAUCACACCUCUUGAGUUUAAAGCACAACCGACGGCGGAGAUGGUUUGACCUUUUCCUCGCAAUCAUUUCUACUAACUCUAGCGUAGGUUUAGCUGCUACUCGACAAGCCGGACCAAUGAAAAUCUCUACCUUUCUCCCGUCAUGGAUUUAACAGUGGUCGAAAUUCCCUUCAGCCAAUGCUUACAUCAAUCCUACACUUUUAAAUGAUGAUCGGGGCAUGUUCAAGUGCACAGUUAGGAGAUUCAGGGCGCAGCCCAAGACCUCUGUAUGUGACCUGUGAGUGUGUCUUCCAUAGAGAUGGAUAGCGGACAAGAUGGAUAUAAUCCGUUUGAUACAAAGAUGAGUCCUCUAUCUAACUCUAAGGUGUGUUCCAUCCCCUCCCCCUCCAGACCACCAUGCAGACAUGAUGGAUGUGGACGGGGAUGUGGAGAUCCCCCAGAACAAGGCCAUGGUGCUGCGAGGCCACGAGUCCGAGGUGUUCAUCUGUGCCUGGAACCCCGUCAAUGACCUGCUCGCCUCCGGGUACAGAACCGACUCCUAUAUCCUUCUUCUGUUUCUUUUCUCUUUCUGACUUCUAUUUCUCUCGGCUUCUGUUUCACUGUCUCUUUUUCUCUCCUACUCCUCUCUCCUUUUUCUCUCACCCUCCUAUCACUCACUGUCUCCCUUUCCUGCUACUUCUCUAUCCCUGUCUCUCUUUAUAGAGAAAGACAGCCUAAAGAUAAAUGAUUUCUGUUCAUGAAGUAAAAUCCCCCUUCAUAUAGCAUUGCCCGUUUUCAUGAUGAGAAGUAUGCGUUGACCUACAUUUUGAUGAGCAGAACUUAAUCAAGGAAGUUUACACUUAAGAUAAAUAAUGUGUAUAUUUGGCAGGUUUAUGUACUCUCAUAUCUAAUUUAAUCCUGAGAAGUGUGUUUUAUUAGCCCUUUACACGCGUACCUGUAUACAGGUUGAAAAUGGAAGAUUUGGGCACUAAUAAGCGCCUCAAUUGGAACGUAGUGGCUGUACAGUAACAUGCUAUACAUGACGUCAGCGCUCUCUCCUCAAAGAGUGAUCAUUUAAAGCAGGGCUCAAUUUGGUGAGUUGAAAGACGAUGUUUUCAGGGUUACAAGAUAUACAGACAGACGUUCGAUUUAGUUUAUUCUGCCUGUUCCUUGGAAUGUUCUAAAUGGAUUAACAGUUCCACAUUGAACACCGCAUGGUGAUAAAUUACGGCCAUGACAUCUUUUUGGUGAGUAGGCCUAGGCUUAAUGAUUCUGUUCUGAACAGAAUGAGCCUAUGUUUGUUUAUUGUGAAGACAAUUUGCGGCAGCAAACGCACCUGAAUGCACUCUUUCUAUGUGCACCAGAAUUAUGAGCUGUUUCUCUGAAUUGCCUUGUGAAAGCCCAACACUGUAAGAUCGUAUUUUAUAACUUAGCUAAUCAUGUUGGCAAUAGAACAAGCUUUCAAAUCAUGCCCACCUGACCCAGAUUGCUAUUUAUAAUGGACCGCUUUUGGAUUGCGUAAACAACAACAGUAAUUGUGUGAUGGUGGGGAUGCAGGGUUGUAUUCCAAACGAAACAACUACAAGUGAGCUUGCUCUAGUUCCUCAACGGCACAGCUAGGAGAGCAAAAAAUAUUAUUCUUUGAGUCAUAAAAGUGUAUUGAAAUUGCUUAGGAACUGUGCACACUUUGGAGAUGUGUGGCCACUUGGAGACACCAGUUAGUCCUCUCACUCAAACCCUUGUUAUUUUUUAUUAUGUUGUUAUUUUCAUUAUCAACAAAUGCAGCGAAAAGUACAAUAAAUGUAAAAUGCACAUAAAAAUCAACAGUGUAAUGUUUGGAUUCAGUCUUGAACAGUUGUGUAGUCAACUGUAUCAGGUGAACUGUUGUGUACUCACCUUUGGUCUAAUAAUUUUCCCAUUAUCUCCAAAUUUUAUGCAUUUUCAUAUUUCUUCUGUAAGAAACAUUUCAAUUUAGCCCUAUCCAUAUAGGUCAAUUCCCACGAGGGUUAAUGUUGCUAUGUUUUAGGCUGACAAGCAGCCAAAGAAGUUGCACGUUAGAUGACAGUGUGUAACUCGUGUGUGUGUGUGUGUGUGUGUGUGUGUGUGUGUGUGUGUGUGUGCAGGUCUGGGGAUUCAACGGCGCGGAUCUGGAACCUGAGUGAGAACAGCACAGGCAGCUCCACCCAGCUGGUGCUGAGACACUGCAUACGGGAGGGGGGCCAGGACGUACCCAGCAACAAAGACGUCACCUCACUGGACUGGAAUGUGAGCGAGAGAGAGAGUGUGUGUUUGAGGUGGGGGUGGGCAGACAGACUGUGUGUGUGUACACAUUCUGGUGUGCGUGUGUGUCUCAGCUGCCAAAGGCAUUCUCUGGCAGCGCUUCCCAACCGGAAAUAUGGGAUGGCUUCGUUCCCUCCCAUGGAAAAUGCAGGGCUUUCACUACUGCUACUCAGAAUUUAGACUUACAGUAGAGCAGGCUGUCAUUUUCCCCUGCUCUACAAGUUGCUGGAGGAUACUGAACCAGCAUUUAAGUACUUUUGGCCAAAUCACAACUUGAUAAGCAGGAAAAACUGACUGUUGUUUGAUGUCAUCAGGAGAUUUAAGCCAACAUUUGAGUAAUUCACAUAAAUCUCUAAUUAGGAUCAGGGCCUUGUUUUGUCCCAAUUUUGGGUGCAACAGAAACCCAGAACUACAGGUUAUUGGUCCGAAAAAUGACUAACUGAUGAAUUUCUGUCUUUCAGAGUGAGGGUACGCUGUUAGCCACAGGCUCGUACGAUGGCUUUGCCAGAAUAUGGACUAAAGACGGUAAGCAAUUUAAAGAUACACUAUGGGCAUGCUAAUUGUUUAUGUAAAAUUUUGUCUUGAAUCCUUAGUUUUAGGCAAACAAUAUAAGCUUUUGCUCACGGGCGAGGGGAGGAGUGCCGCUUUCUGUCCAAUGAGGUCAUUUCUGGACAAUAUUUCUGUCUAUUUAGGGGACCCCUUUGUGUGGCUCAAGAGCAACCUCGAAGGCAAAAGUUCCGUAUUGCCUCUUUUAAUGUCAGAACUUUCACAUCUCAACAUUUCUAAACAGAAUCACAGAUGGUCUGAAGUUCUCUUGCUAAACAAGCACCAUGACAUGUUUUUUUGCAGGUAACCUCGCCAGUACCUUAGGCCAGCACAAGGGUCCUAUAUUUGCCCUCAAAUGGAAUAAGAAAGGCAACUUUAUCCUCAGUGCAGGAGUAGAUAAGGUAAGAUAAUGGUUUGUGUGUUAAAAAUGUCUGCAUUGGACUUUUAUCUCAAUAUCAAAUCAUUUCUGGGUAACAAUGAAGUGCCUUACUGUGAAUUGUUUUCAAUGAAAAUGGCCAAAAAUAUACAAAAAUAGCUUCUUAGCAAAGAGCAAUUUCUCAAUUAAGAUUUUUGCUAGGACUGUCUGGUUGUUGUCAGAGUGGGGAGGUGAAAACUGAAAACUAGCUGUUAUUGGCAGAGAGGUUUAGAACGCUCUUUCUUAUUGGUCUAUUUACAUUUACCGGCAGGCCAAAACUCCAUCCCACCAAAACAGGCUGAAAUUUCAGGCGGUCGUUUCAAACAACUCUUACAUUAAAAGGGCUUUAUCAUAUUUGUCACAAGGGUUUUCUUAAAAUAAAGAAACUUUUUUGACCUCACUGGGCCUUUUUAAAGAGAAGAAAACGUGGAGAAAGCCAUUUAAGAAUAAAAGAGACCAGAUGUUUAACAUCCCUUUAAAUGUAAUUGAUUUGUCAUGGUGUGGUGUCAUUGUGUCAUUUGUCACUCAUAUGAUGAAACGACUCUGACAAUAUAUCUGUCUCUCGUUUAGACCACCAUCAUUUGGGACGCUCACACAGGGGAGGCCAAGCAGCAAUUUCCCUUUCACUCAGCGCCGGCCCUGGACGUUGACUGGCAGAACAACAACACGUUUGCCUCCUGCAGCACGGACAUGUGCAUCCAUGUGUGUAAGCUGGGCCAGGACCGGCCUGUCAAGACCUUCCAGGGACACACGGUAAGACCGGAGACUGGACUGGCUCUCUGGCCUGGGUGCAUCUCAAUUGUCUCUUCUCCCUGUCACAUUAACAAUGGCUGCGUUAACACAGGCAGACCAAUUCUGAUCUUUUGCUCAAUUAUUGGCAAAAUAUCUAAUCUGAUUGGACAAAAGACCAACUAUUGGCAAAGAUCAGAAUUAGACUGCCUGUGUAAAUGCAGCCAUUGUGACCGACAUUGAUUAAUCUCAAUAGUCUAAAGUGGCAUCCUCGAGUUCAAACGCACUGAUCUGAAUAUAGAGGAUAGGUGAAAGCUUUUGCCCAUCCUGUUCAAUCACAUCACUGCAGGAAGUGCCUUUGUACAGUUGAUGCUCCCUUUUUGUGCACUGCUAUAUUAUAAAGUUCACUAAAUGUUUCCUUGUAUCCCUCCUCAUCAUCCCUUUCUCUUUUCCCUCUAGAAUGAGGUGAACGCUAUCAAGUGGGAUCCUACGGGGAGUCUGCUGGCCUCCUGCUCCGACGACAUGACACUCAAGGUCAGUACACACAGACACACACACAGCUCACAAAAAGCCUCCUAACUACUGCCAAAUAUGUAUUUCAUGGAGUAGGAAAUAAUAGUACAAAAUAAGUUUUACCGGGGUCUACUUUUGGCUGCAGUUUAUAAUCUCUUUGAUUGGAGUCCUCACAUCUCUGUCUCUCCCCUCUCCCCUCUGUGUCUCUACCAGAUCUGGAGUAUGAAGCAGGACUUGUGUGUCCAUGACCUGCAGGCUCACAGUAAGGAGAUCUACACCAUCAAGUGGAGCCCCACGGGGCCUGGGACCAACAACCCCAAUGCCAAUCUGAUGCUGGCCAGGUAAAAUAAGGCUAGGAACCACUCCAACUCCCAGCAUUCCUCUGGGAAACACUCCAACUCCCAGCAUGCCUCUGGGGGUUUGUGCUAAUAAGAGGUUUUGUGUCAAACAAAUGCAUUUAGGAUCUGUAAGUGACGUAGUAUGGAGUCAUGUAUGUUCAUUCUAUGCAUCUCGAUCUGCUGCAUUCUGUUUGCCCCAACGGAAUAGAUCCCAGGAUAGUCACUGUAAUCAAAUUAAAGUAUAUUUCUCUUUCCUCUCCUCCUCUCCUUUUACUCUCCUAAAUUGCUUCGGGGCGCUGCGCUGGGGCUGACCCUGUACUCCCUCCCAAAUGUGUUGUGUCUUGGAGGUUAGGAGCAGAGCAAAAUAUGAAUUUCCUUUCCAAGAUGGACACUAAAGUACUAUUCUAUCUCCCCCCAGUGCGUCGUUUGACUCGACUGUGCGCCUGUGGGACGUGGAGCGCGGCGUGUGCAUCCACACGCUCACCCGCCACCAGGAGCCCGUCUACAGUGUGGCCUUCAGCCCCGACGGGCGCCACCUGGCCAGCGGCUCCUUCGACAAGUGUGUCCACAUCUGGAACACACAGGUACAGGACGGAAUAACACACACACACACUCGCUCAUCCCACUCAUACGUCAUUCACAUCUCAAGCCCAACUGUUUAUUGCAGGGCUAGUCUGAUGGUCGAUGCAUGGGUUUGAAUAUUUAGGUCCAAAUCCUAACUUGAGAUCUGAGCGCAUAACUCUGACUUUCACAUAAAUCAUGCGUUGAUUUUAACGGGUGACUUGUCCUAACUAUUCUCAAGUAAGGAUUCAGCCCUAAGUGAGAUACGUGUAAGGAAGUAAACAUGAUUGAAAUUGACCUGUCCCCAUUUCUCUUGAUUAUCAUUGUUUUGCUGAUCACAUCCCUGUCUGUCCCUCUGUCUGUCCAGACGGGUGCUUUAGUUCACAGCUACAGGGGAACGGGGGGCAUCUUCGAGGUGUGCUGGAACGCCACGGGAGACAAAGUUGGAGCCAGCGCGUCGGACGGAUCGGUAAGUCUCACCAGCCGCCUCUUCAUGGCCAGGAGUUAUUUUCCUGAUUUCAGAAGGAAC